AUGAUUGUCUUGUGGCUGGUUCUGGCCCUGAGUGCGCUGCUGCACUGGCUCCACAGAGCCAACAAGGAUUACCACAUUCUUUCCUUCUUCACCAAAAGAAUCCGAUCGAAAGAUGGAACCCCUGUGGAGAUCAUCGCUCCCAUGCCCAAGGGCAAAACCAUAUUCGGCAACACCUUCGAUCUGUAUGGGCGGGAUCACGCUGGUGUUUUCGAUCACUCGCGUGAACGUGCUAAGGAAUUGGGUACUAGCUACAUAGAAUAUACCUUUGGAUCGGCGAUUUACAACAUUAUCGAUGCGGAUAGCGCGGAAAAUGUGAUGAAUCAUCCCAAUCUCAUAACCAAGGGGCUCGUCUACAACUUCCUACAUCCAUUCCUAAAAACGGGCCUGCUGACAUCGACUGGCAAAAAAUGGCAUGCUCGCCGCAAGAUGCUCACUCCUACGUUCCAUUUCAACAUUUUGAACCAGUUCCAGGAGAUCUUUAAAACGGAGAGUCAAAAGUUCUUGCAACAAUUUGAGGGUCAAGAUGAGGUAACCAUAACGUUACACGAUGUUAUUCCGAGAUUUACCCUAAACAGUAUUUGUGAAACCGCCAUGGGUGUUAAGCUGGACGAAAUGGCCGAGAAGGGGGAUCGAUACCGGGAGAACUUCAGUCAGAUUGAAGAAUGCUUCAUUCGUCGCUUGAGUAACCCACUUUUCUGGGGCGACAAGCUCUUCGAAAUGUUUGCUGCCAAGGAUUACGCAUCCGCCCUCGAUGUGGUUCAUGGCUUUUCGAGCGAGAUUAUUGCCAAAAGGAGGGAUUUGCUAAAGGAUGAGCUCGACAAAAGUUCAAGCACCCAGACCGCUGAUGAUGAUGGCUUUGUCUCAAAGAAGCGUUUCGCCAUGCUGGACACCCUAAUUUAUGCUGAGAAGGAUGGCCUCAUAGAUCACAGUGGCAUCUGUGAGGAGGUGGACACUCUGAUGUUUGAGGGCUACGAUACCACCUCAAUUGGCCUCAUUUUUGGUCUAAUGAACAUGUCCCUAAACCCUGACAAGCAAGAGUUAUGUUUCCAGGAGAUUCAAGAGCACAUAGAUGAUGACCUGAGCAACUUGGAUGUUAGCCAGUUGAACAAGCUCAAGUACCUAGAGUACUUCAUGAAGGAAACCAUGCGCCUGUUUCCCUCGGUGCCGAUUAUGGGUCGUGAAGCCGUCCAGGAGACUGAACUGGCCAAUGGACUGAUCCUGCCAAAGGGUGCCCAGAUAACCAUUCAUGUCUUUGACAUCCAUCGCAAUGCCAAGUACUGGGAUUCCCCCGAAGAGUUUCGCCCAGAGAGAUUCCUACCCGAAAAUGUGCAGGAUCGUCACACGUACGCUUAUGUUCCUUUCAGUGCUGGACAAAGAAAUUGUAUUGGUCAAAAGUAUGCCAUGCAGGAGAUGAAAACGCUGAUGGUGGUCCUUCUGAAGCAGUUCAAGGUUUUGAAGGCUAUCGAUCCGCAGAAGAUUGUCUUCCAUACGGGUAUAACUCUGCGCACCCAGGACAAGAUUCGCGUAAAGCUUGUGAGGCGACAGUGAGGUAGGUGCUCAGUGCCAUAUAAGGACUUAUUUAAUCAUUUGUUAAAGUUCAGUCUAACUAGAUGUUAGUCAUUAAGAUCUGGAUCAUUUUAUUGCAUACAAAUCAAUAAACUGCUGAAUCGUAUA